AUGCCAAACGCAUGGAGCUUAAUUGGUCAGGUGGAAGCUCAGGUUAACGAUGAUGACACCGUCAAUUUCUAUUUCAAAAAGGAGCAUCAUCUGAUGACUGUUUUAGAAGGAGGCCCAUACAAAUACAUAGGAUGGAUGAUUGUUUUGGAUCGAUGGAGUAACAUGAGGUAUCCUUCCUUUCUCCGAUAUAUUCCAUUUUGGAUCAAGAUUAAUAAGCUUCACGCCAUGUAUCAGAAAAUAGGUAUUGUCAAUAGUAUCGGCUCUAAACUUGGACACGUAGAUGAAGUUCUUAUCACCGAGCAGAUAAAAACCCAUCUUCCUGAAGUCUGGGUUAAAGUCGACUUUGAUGUUGACUCUACCAUCACUCUGGCUCGAAGUGUUGAAAUCAUGCCCAAUACACCACCAGUGGAGCUAGAGUUCAAAAACACGGGUCUUCAAAAAUUAUGUACUACAUGUGGUAGUUUUAAGCAUGGGUAUGAAGUUUGUCCAAAAGGUUUAUCUCUGCCCCCACAAAUUGGCUAG